CCUUCCAUUCAGUUCUACUCAGAACGUUAUCAGUUGCAGUCAGAACGUAAACAAUGUGGUGCAACGGGGCGGUGUGUUUGCCGCUCGUUUUCUCCUGCAUAAUUUUCAUAAAAGCAGCCCAAACUCAAAUCAUCGAUCGUCCUAAUGUGCUGCUGAUUAUUUUGGACGACUUCCGCCCUGCCAUCAAUUAUGGAUACGGCGAUGAGAAAGCCAUAACGCCCAACAUCGAUCAGAUUGUAAAGAAUGGAUACUUUUUUGAAAAUGCAUUCGCACAGCAAGCACUGUGUGCCCCGAGCCGUAAUUCGAUGCUUACUGGCAGACGCCCCGAUACGGUGCGCUUGUACGACUUCUACAGCUACUGGCGCCACACAUCCGGCAAUUACACCACCCUGCCGCAGUACUUCAAACAGCACGGCUAUCGUACACACUCCGUCGGCAAGGUGUUUCAUCCCGGGGCAUCGUCAAACUUUACGGACGAUUUCCCGUUGAGCUGGUCCGAUCCGGCGUACCAUCCAUCGACGGACGAGUACUCCAACUCACCCGUCUGCAUUGACCUUGAGAGUGGGGAAUUGAAGAGGAAUCUUCUGUGUCCCGUACUUCCGGAACUACAGCCAGGUCACACACUACCGGAUAUUGAGAGUACCGAGGAAGCGAAACGGUUCCUUCAAACCGUUGGAACAGAUCCUUACUUCUUGGCCGUCGGAUACCGUAAGCCACACAUACCGUUCCGUAUUCCGAUGCAGUACCUCGACCAGCAUUCCGUGUCGAAGUUUACAACAUCCGAUCUUGACUAUCCACCGUACGGUUUGCCCACCGUUGCGUGGAGUUCCUUCCUGGACGUACGCAAUCGUGACGAUUUCCAGCAACUGAACGUAAGCUUCCCGUUCGGCCGUGUGCCGGAUGAUUUCAAGCUUCGCAUAAGGCAACACUACUAUGCCGCCGUUAGCUAUGUGGAUGACUUGAUCGGCCAGCUGCUGAAGGCAGUCGACCAAAGCCGCACGAUCGUUGCACUUACGUCCGACCAUGGUUGGGCACUGGGAGAGCAUGGCGAGUGGGCCAAGUACAGCAACUAUGAUGUAGCGGUACGCGUUCCGCUUGUGGUUAGCGCUCCAACACUCCAGCCGGUGCGCACCGAUCGUCAAAAGAUCGAGAACGUCGUUGAGCUGUUGGAUCUGUACGCGACGCUCGUCGACCUUGCAGGACUGCCGCCGGUACCAACGUGUAACGUGAAACGACCGCACAAAGCAACCACAUGCACCGAGGGAAAAUCUCUACUGCCGUUGUUGGUGUCGAAUUCUUCCGACUAUAGCGGUGGCGAGUGGAUCGCUUACAGCCAGUAUCCUCGACCGGGAACUUACCCAACGAUCGCCCCGAACAGUGACGAACCGAAGCUGAAGCACAUCAAGAUUAUGGGAUACAGCAUGCGCACGGAACGAUUCCGGUACACCGCCUGGAUAAGGUUUGAUCCGGUAAAAUUCAAACGAGACUGGAGUGUUAUGUACGGCGAAGAGCUGUACGAUCAUUCGAUCGAUCCGCAGGAAAACAUGAAUCUCAUCGAUCGAGCCCCGCUAGCAGCCAUAAAGGACGCCUUACGGGCGAAACUGCAGCAACAGUUUCCCUGACUAGCAUGACAUGGUUUUUUACAAGAAAAUUGUUUUAUUACAUAAAUAUACAAUUUUAUUAUAAUGUUGCUUC